GGGAAAGAGGGAGGGAGCUGGGGCAGGGGAUGUUACACCGUGGGAGCAGCUCCUGUCAGUGUCCUCUUAUCCCUCGGACACACCACAGCAGCCAGAAGAGGAGAGGGAUUCGGAUACAGAGACUUGUUGGACUGUAGGACUAAGGACAGUUCUUCAACCAGGAUGAACUUUGCUGCCCAGUUAUUCUACUCGAGCUACCUGAGCGAGAGACUUGAGCGUUUGUACUCACCAAGGCUUGCACUUAAAGACAGCGAGGAGAAUGACCCCUUCUGGCAGAGGUGGGAAAUUACAACAUGUAGCCCCCUGGAUCCUCCAGACUUCUCCCCUAACCAGCUCAGCUCCCUAACCCAGCUAAGACCUGUAGAGACAGAUUUACCCUCUACCCAGAGUUUGGAGAUACCUAACUCAGUGCCUCUUUCUCCAGUUCCUCCUCCUCAUCCACUUUCUUCGCAGCCCACCCUGACAAACACACCCUCAAAUCUCCCAUCUCUUUCUCUGCCAACUCCUCCUGACCUUAAUCACAAAGGAAAAUCAACACAAACUACAACCUGUCUUCCAAAUCCAUGUUUGGCUGCUGCAAUCCCCAAAUCAAGGACUUAUGAACUCCCUUCCAACAAACCUCCUGCUCCAUCCAGGUCCUCAGUAGAAACAGCCUCCUCCUCUACCAUCUUCCAGUCCUCUUCUUUAACUCCUGCUCCUUAUAGAGGAGAACAACACCUAACCUUUCAAGCCCUGGUAGACUUGCUCCUGCGCUUGGUUCUCUACCUUAUUCUCCUCUUUGUCCCCAGAGAGGAGUUGCGUCUGGGCCCCAGUCAGCCCAAUAGCUCUUACAAAUGUGGCCCCCUCAAUAACGGCACUGCAGGCCGCAGACCCACCCUCAUUGAACCAGAGCGCUUGAAGGACUUUGGUGAGGAGGACCUUGUCAAUGGGGAGGUGAAGGUGUAUGAAACCAAGGUCAUGGGAGGCCCUGAGAUCAUGCUUAUGGACCCCCCCAAAACCAGACGCUUCAGUGAGUUCAGGGUUGUCCCCAAACCCCACUACCUCCGCUUUGAGGACAUCAGUGCCGCCGCCUUCAGGAUCCAGACAGGGAUCCAGAAGACACCCUGCACGUACUCCAGACUGUCCAAACAGUAUGGCAUGGAGAUCUACCUGAAGAAGGAGCACCUACACUACACAGGCUCUGUGAAGGAGAGAGGAGUCUUGUACCUGCUCACCUCCCUCACACAGGAGCAGCAGAGGAAGGGUGUGAUUGUGGCCAAUGACUGUAACUUCUCCAUGGCCGUGGCUCACCAUUCAGUGGAGCUGAAGAUCCCGGUGUUCGUCAUCAUGCCGUCGUGCUGCUCCUUGCCUCGCCUAAGGAUCUACAGAGACUAUGGCGCUAUGGUCAUAUCCUACGGCAGCACAAACCACGACUCCCAGAACCACGCCUGCCAUCUGGCCAAAGAGAACGGAUAUCUCUACCUGGAAGAAGAGGAAAGUGCAGCGUAUCUGGCAGGACUGGGCACUGUGGGCAUGGAGAUCUUUGAACAAGUGCCCAAACUGGAUGCAGUGGUUGUCCCUGCAGCUGGACAGUAUGGUCUACUGGCUGGUACAGCUGCAGCCAUCAAACAUCUCAACCCACAAGUUCUUGUCAUAGGGAUUGAACCUGAAGGUUUCCCUCUGCUGCUACAAUCUCUGAAAACUGACAGUCCAGUCAAAGACAUUCACAGCAACCCCAACAAGAAACUCUACGGAGAUCUGAUGGAGCGUUCGCUGGGUGUUAACACCUUCCAGCUGGCAAAGAAACUCGUAGAUAAAGUCAUCUCUGUCAGCGAGGAGGACUCUUUGGUGGCGAUGUUGCGGUUUCAGGAGUUUGAACGCUCCACUGUGGACACUGAGGGAGCCAUGGGACUGGCUGCCAUCUUGGCUGGACAACUACCGGAACUGAGAGGAAAAAAGGUUGCUGUAGUGGUGAGCAGCGCUAACAUGGAGCUGGAGCUGGUGAGGCAGUGUGUGGACCGAGCCCUGGUGCUGGACGACCGGGUCAGUAAAUUCUCAGUGCAGCUGGGAGAAUGGCCAGGAGACAUGGCUAAGCUGCUGGACGUCCUGUCCAGAGAGGACGUCAGGUUGUUGGAUGUCUGCCAUCGAAGACAAAGUGACAAGUCAGACUUCCUCAAGGCAAAGGUGGAGUGUGUGGUGGAAACCAGGGAUAAGGCACAGAGCGCUCAGCUGCGUAAGACACUGAGUGAGCGCUACCCCUCUAUAUGCUGGCUGGACCGGUGAUCACAACAACGACAACGACAUGAACACAAACUAUAUUUACAAUAGAGAAAUAAAAAAAAGAAGAGGAACAUGCAAACACAUCCUGUAACACACACUACUAUGAUAUAUCAACUCUGUUAUAGGACUCACUUUAAGACCAUUAUGCAAAGUGUAUACAGAGAAGCCUUGAGAUUAUAGAGCAAAUACUAUUUGUAUUACUUCUAUGCUAUGCUGCUAUUGUUAAUUACAGUAAAGUGGUUAGGCUGCAUUCAGAAGAUGAAUAUCACUCUUAUAGUUGCUCUUACAUUACUGACUGGGUAUGACUCGCACACUGUAGAUGCAUACUCCUCUCUCUGAAGUAAAUACACAUCAUACUCUUCCCUAAUACUGUUUUUGAACUGUUGUAUAUAUUUCUGCAUUUAUACUGCCUGAGAUGGUAGAGUCAAUCCAAGUAAGUGUUCUCCAAAUAAAAAUGGACUAAUUUGAUGACCCGAUGUGAUGUUUUUGUGGAG